AUGCCAGUCGAACUGCGUCGCCUCCCGAAUGCGGAUGCCGGUUUGUCGGCGCAGCAGAGCGACGAGGAGUCGGAUGUCAACAGCUUGAUCCAGACCAUGCCACCCACAGACAAGGGCGCCGCGGCAUGGAAGUUUCUGUUAUCUAGCUUCAUCAUCGAAGCGCUGCUCUGGGGUUUCCCCUUGACCUUCGGUGUCUUCCAGGAAUACUAUUCCUCACAUCCGCAGUUUGAGGACAACCCAAAUAUUGCCAUCAUAGGCACUGUGUCUACGAGUAUCUACUUCCUGGGCGCGCCUCUCGCAGCGCCGCUCGUAAAGAGAUUUCACGUCUAUCAGAGACACUUGGUCGUCAUCGGCUGGGCACUCUGCGUCAUAGCCCUGGUCGGUGCGUCUUUCGCCGACACCAUCCCAGGGCUCAUUGCUACCCAGGGUGUUCUAUACGGCUUUGGGUUUCUCAUGUUGUACUUCCCGGUACUGCGCAUGUUGAACGAGUGGUUCAUUGCCCGCCGUGGACUGGCAUAUGGCGUCCUUUAUGCUGGGGGCGGAUGCAGCGGCGUCGCACUGCCGUUCCUUUUGCAGGUCCUCUUGGCCAAGUACGGAUACCGCACUACUCUGCGAGCUGUCGCGGUAGCUCAGUUUGUGUGUGUCGCGCCUAUUCUUCACAUGGUCAAGGGCCGCUUGCCACCGUCACCCCGCGGCGCGAUGCGCAUGUUCGAUGUCAGCUUUCUGAGACAGCCUCUCUUUUACUGCUUCGCGCUCUCGAACCUGUUCCAGGGCUUUGCAUACUACAUCCCUUCGCUGUAUUUGCCUUCCUACGCAUCAGCUAUCGGGCUGUCAGGCACUAUGGGGGCGUUGAUUCUAGCGGCCCACAACCUGGCGACCGUGUUCGGGCAGCUUGGAUUCGGAUGGCUCUCCGAUCGUACGGACAAUGUUUUUGCUCUCAUGUUCGUAUCUUCCUUCGUGUCGUCCGUCGCGGCAUUCACGCUAUGGGGUUUCGCCCAUUCUUUGGCGUUGUUGCUGGUCUUCGCCCUGGUCUUCGGCAUGUUUGCCGGAGGGUUCUUGAUCUUCUGGGCCAAGUUCGGCGGCAUGCUUUCUGACGAUCCGCAGCCAGUUUUUAGCAUGAUGGCUUUCGGCAAAGGCAUUGGAAACUUGGCCACGGGUCCCAUCACAGCCGGAUUGUUGACGAAGCCGGUGAGCUGGGGUUACGGUAUGGGUCGCUACGAGCCGUUGAUUCUCUUCUUGGGCUCUUUCAUGCUGUGCUCAUCACUUGGGGCCUUUGCAUGGCCUUUGCGAAAGCGCUGA